AUGGAGGAAAAGAAUAAAGUAUUUUAUUCGGCGAUCAUUAGAACUGGCCAACGUCAUAAAAACAAUUUAUAUGAUCUACUUAAGAUAAUUCCAGCGGCACCUUUGGAAUGCAAUAAUGUAAAAACAUAUACUUGCGAUUUUAAACCGAAAACAGAUAAGAUAUAUGUUCCUAAACGAAGACCGAAGGCGAAAGUAAAGACUGUUAGAGAUAUAAGAACAUCAUUUGAAAAUGAGACAUACACAUUUUUAACACGUGAUUUAGAAAUACAACAGAAUUAUUUACUUAAAAAAAUAAGGGUUGGAUCUUCUAAAAAUCAAAACACACAAAACAUUGCUAAAAAGAUAUUAAAGUCGGAUUCACCGAUAUCUAGAUCUACUUGGCAAAUGUUAGUGAAUCUAAAUCCCGAUCAGGAAAAACAUCCCCAGCAGUUUGUUCUAUGGAAUGGAAAUUUUUUGCAAGUGAAUGGGAGUAAAGGAGGAAACAAUAGGCUAAUAUGUAACUACGACUUAGCUAAUAUGAAAAUACCGCUACAAGUUAAAAAUAAAAUCAUUAAGAAUAAGAAGAAUACUAAUAAGUCGUCAGGACUUUUACGAAAUUCCUUAGCUAUUAAAUUUAAGCCUGGCCCCCUUGGAAGAAAAAAGUUUCUUGAUGAUUCACACCAAAAAUAUCAGGGUGAUGUUGAAUUGGUAGACCUUCCUAAAGUUGGACUUGUCGUAAAACCUACAUAUGGUACACCUUUAGAAGCAACGAUUUCGAAUUUUGUGAGUAUAGUAUGCAAAGAUGACGGUAUAAUUUCUGAAAAAUGGGCUGAGUUUGCAAUUUCCGUAUUAGGGAAAAUCGAGAAAUCUGACGCCAGGCUUGUUAAUGGAGAUUGUGUGACAUUUGAUUUAAAAUAUAAAUAUGAUCAACAUCGUAUACUCAUGAGGAAGGAUUUGGAUAAUAAAUAUUUUACGCCAAGUGUUACUGAGACAUCCACGGUUAAUGAAGGUAUCGGAAAAGCUCAGCCUUAUAUAUUGUCAGAGAUAGAAGAUAUGAUGGAUAAAAUAAUAAAUGCCGUAGAAAUUCAUAUUAAUCAGUACAGUAUGUUUUCUGAAGAUGAUGAUUCAAGACAAACUGUUUUAAAGGUAUCAGACCCGGUUGAAAUGGUAACAGUCUCAAAAGACAAAACAAAGAGAAAGUAUUCUGAACUCGAUAGGCUUGAUGUGACGGUUAUACGUAUCCCUGAAAACUUGGAAAAAGAUUCGACUCAAAGUUGCGGGAAUAUGCAUUGCACCUUAGGAUGUAUUUGUGAUUCCAUAAAAAAUACGUGCUAUAUCAAACAACACUGUGGGCGUGAAGAAUGCAUGUUUAAUUGUAAGUGUGAUUUUUCCAAGUACAGUAAUAUAAACUUAGACAUGAAUGGUUCUGAUUCGACAGAACUAAUACCUGGAAUAAAAAAUAUUGAGGAUAAAAUCAACACGAGAUUAGCUAAAGAAGAGCAAAAAUUUCAUCAAACUGUCAUAGUAUCCGGCGAGAACAAUAUUUUGCUUAAAUCUGAGAAAAGGAGUUGGAAGUCGUCAAAAAAAUAUGGUACCUUUUACAAACAUAUGUGCUUAAAAAAUGUUAACCCCGGAAAUAGAAUUUUAUCAAUAUCCGCGUUACGACUUAACUGUGAGAAUGUUGAGCCCUGGUGUAUGGUCCACAAUUUGUACAAAUGUUUUUGUAAAGGUAAAAUUACGACCAGUAAUACCUCAAGUAUUUUUCAAACAAUUACUCAGGAACCGAUAUAUAAAGAUUCCGAUGUUGAAUGUCCACCGAAAAUACAAACACCUUUGCCGAGAUCACGACGACAUAAUGCAGUUAAUUUGGAUGAUCCUGGAAAGGAUUUUGUAUCCGGAAAAACCUCAGAUGUUUCUAGUAUUAACUUGGAAAGAAAACAAAAAACACGAAAUAUCUCGGAUAUUUUAAGCAAUCAUCAAAGAUUAUCUUCAACUUCUGAAAUGUUUGAUAGCUUUAGCAAUGAAAACAAGCAAGACGUAUACAUAUCUGAUAGCAGUAAUCCAGACGAAAGUUGUUCACGAGUUAUUGGAUACGAAGGCAGAAAAUAUAGCAACGAACAUUAUCAGGAAAUUAAUAAUAAAAUUAAAAAUAUGGAAAAGAAUGAUAAAAUGCUUCAAAAAAAGAUAAUGAAAUUUCUUAACCCUGAAGUACUGAAAGUCCAUGCACUACUCGAAGAGAAACAACAAGAUCAAGAUACAGUAAAAGAAAAGACUUCUGUAAAGGAUUUGGAAACUGACUUAUACAAAGAUAAUACUCUCACAGAAGGUAUACAAAAAGAUAACAUUUCAAGUGAGGAAAUAUCAAAAGAUCAGAAUCAGAAUAAGUACCUUUUAGAUGUUAAUGGUGUUAUCGGCGGGGGCGAAGAUAAAACGAAAAAUAAACUUAGAUGCACUGAAAAGAAGUUGGUUGGAUGGCUUGAAACUAAUUACAAACUGUAUAAAAAACGUGUUGAUGAAGGUCUAAUUACAACUUCCCUUGAACCUCCACGAGUAGGAAAAAUAGCAUUACAUCCGUGGGAUUUCAUUUUAAGUAGAUACAGAGAGCGAAAAAAUUUAUUCUUGAUUUCAAAACAAAAACCUUACCGCAUCUUUAUGGGAGUACAUACAAGAAAUCCGUUUUUUGAGUCCUGUAUUAAUAUCAAUGAAAUACGUUUUGCGGAUUUACACAAGUACCCUCAAACAGUAAAAAACUUACUUACUAACGCAACACAUUUAAAGGAUCUAUUUUGUAUAUUACGUGGCUUAGCACAUUGCUGGGAACUAGCAGGUUCUGUUGCAAAAGUUAGCAAAAGUGAUGAUAAUACAGAUGAUAUCAAUGAUGUAAUUUCUGACACAAACUCAAACUCUCCAAGCCAUCUUGGCGAUAGUCCUAAUAAACAACAGCUGUCUAUAAGAGAAUACGAAGAUGAAACUGUUCCAAGUUCGAUUUUGAAAGAUGAUGAUGGUAGUAAUUCAGAUUGUCCAACUGAGGCUGAAUCUUCAAAAUGGUUUAUCAUGACUGUAGAAAAUGAUUUUAGUGAAAUUCGUUUUUAUAAAAAAGGAUUUUUCGUUAAAUAUGAAAGCAUUGUCAAGGCAAUAAAUGUAGCACGCUUGUCAAAAAAAACGGUUAUAGAAAAUCCUUUGUCAUUUAUGCCUUCAUCUGAUUUAAAUGAGAAUAAAGCAGUACCCAUAGAAAGUCACUAUUCGGACGAUAAAAAGUUAAAUGAGAAUGAACCACAGGAAAUACUACAUUUGAAGGAAUUCGAUGAAACACAACAAAAAACAUUAUUGAAGCUAGAUUCCAAGAAAAUAAUCAAACCAAUUAAGAUCUGUAAAACUAAUGGAUUUUACCAUUUAGCAACAGGAAAUUUAUUAAAGAAAGUGAAUCUGCAAAGUCCACGUAAGGUGAUAAUUAAACCCCCCUUAAAUAUUAGUACAGCCACAAUAACUAAUAAGAGUUUGUUAUUGGAUAAAAGUACAUUUAAUGUCGAAAAUAGUACGCUUCGAGUGUCUAAAGUUCUAGAUGUGGAGGAGAGCCCACAGAUAAAGAUAUCAGCCGUAUAUUCACAACGAGAUGCUGAAAAUGUAAAAAAUAAUAGAAAUGAAAAAGGCAUGUUUAUUCUAAAACCUGAGGAAAUUAAUAGACGAUUGUUUGAAAACCAAAUAAACACAGAAACCACUUUAUCUCAAGAAAUGGCUACUGAUACCAGCGGUGAGAUUUCGAGCCCUAAAAGUACUGAGUAUCAACUAUUUCAAGACCAAAAUUUCAAAAUUUCUGCGACACUUACUCCGUACACCAUAAACGAGGAUAUAUGUAUCAUUUCGGACGACGAAGAUGAUUCAAACAAUGAACAUGAAGGGAGCGAUCGAUGGAAGCAAAUUCGAAUUAUGUGUACAGAUGUACCUGAUAUUGGCUUUAUAUGGGGAAGACAAAAGUGUGAAUCGCAUUUGUUGAGUUUCCAAGUGCCCGGGGCUGAAUAUUCAGAAUUUUACGCUGAAGAUUGUGCAUUCAAGAACCUUAAUAGUGAACUUUAUAAAAUAAUCGGCCUAUCGAAAUCAUUUGACUUUCAUUGGCAAGUCAUCGAUUCAUCGGAUGACAUCGAUACGAAAGUAACCCAAGUGAAUUUUAAACGUUUGAAGGAAAUACUUACGAAUCAGUGUUCAGAAACCCAGUCGUUUACACUAACAAGCAACAAUUUAAGGACUUAUUCGAAGAACACUGGCUCUAGAUCGUGUGCUUCACUCGUUGUGGGAUCCGAAUUGAUGACUAAAUCAUCAGAGACAGGUGUUGAGCAAAGCAAAGAAAAGGUUGUUUUAGCGGAAGAAGACGGUUUGUUACCAGAUACGGAUCAUUUAAUAUUAAAAAAUUCAAAUUAA